AUGCAAUACAUUUUCAUUUAUUUCUUAACAAGAAAAGUUUUAGUGUCAUCUGCAGACUCCCUCCCGGCUCACAUUCCGUAUCUCCUCAUUGGAGGCGGCACAGCGAGCUUUUCGGCCAUUAGAGCAAUAAGAGCUAAUGAUCCUGACUCUAAGAUACUUCUGAUCGGCGAAGAACCCCUGCCACCUUACAUGAGGCCACCACUUUCUAAGGAGCUGUGGUACGGUCAGGACGAUGAGCUUUUGAAGGACUUUCGCUUCAAGCAGUGGAGUGGUAAAGAGAGAAGGAAAGUGCUAUCCUGGGGUUACUAUGAACGUAUUUCUUACGCAGAGGAUUUUCAAAGGUUAGAAGACAUUAGCAGAAAGGGUGGUUGCAUAGCGAUCGUCGGUGGCGGGUUUCUUGGCUCUGAACUUGCUUGCGCAUUGGGCCGGAGAACCGAUGAAAAGAAAGACGGCGCCCUGAAGGUGGUGCAGAUUUUCCCGCAAGCCGGAAAUAUGGGCGACAUUCUUCCGGAAUACCUUUGCAAGUGGUUGACGAAAAAGGUGUCAAAAGGCAAGGCGAUUAAACUUUACUACCUCAAUGUGGACCACGUCGUUCUAUGCGUAGGCGUAGAGCCGGACUUGUCUUUGGCGAAACCAUCGAAGCUAGAGGUCGACCCGCGAAAUGGCGGACUUCUGUGCGACGCAGAGCUGCGUGUCAGAAAUGACGUCUGGACCGUAAGUGCCCACCUGUUUUGCAUUUUCCGUUCUUUUUGUUGAUG